AUGGAGUACACAACACUGUCCGGGCACGAGUCCCUCCAACACUAUACUGAUUCGGCUCUGGCAUCUCCAGCGGAGGAAUCAGACUUCUUCUAUGGAAUGGGAGGUGAGGACCAGCUGGCACAAGACACUUCCAACUCCCCUCUCUGUCACCCCUUACCGUACUUAUAUUUCUCACAUUAAUAGGAUCUUUUGUCCCUUUGUAAGCUGCCGUAUAAAUUCCCCCCUCACUGUUACCUUCGGUCCUUUUCCCAGUGUCACUGACAUUCCCCCCUCACUGUCACCUUCGGUCCUUUUCCCAGUGUCACUGACAUUCCCCCCUCACUGUCACCUUCGGUCCUUUUCCCAGUGUCACUGACAUUCCCCCCUAUUACAAGAAAACUUACAGGAACGAUAGGUUGCAGAGGGCCCUGCUCAAACGAGCUAACAGUCUAUAGGAGGUGGGGUGUAAAACACAUUAGGACAGGAAAUAGCAAUCAAAAUAGGUGGGAGUGAAGCAGAGCUGGAGGAGAGAGUAGAGUGCUGCCCUUUAGGAGAGAGCAAGAGACAGGUAUGUAAGGUAGAGGUUACUCUGGGAGGGCAUAAGGUUUCCUAAAGAGAUGGGUUUUAAGGCACUUCUUAAAGGACCACUAUAGGCACCCAGACCACUUCAGCUUAAUGAAGUCGUCUGGGUGUUAGGUCCAGCUAGGUUUAACCCUUUUUGCUGUAAACAUAGCAGUUUCAUAGAAACUGCUAUGUUUACCUAUGGGUUAAUCCAGCCUCUAGUGGCUGUCUCAUUGAUUUUCACCGUGAGAAGACGCCAGCGUCCAUAGGAAAGCAUUGAGAAUGCUUUCCUAAGAGACUGGCUGAAUGAGCGCGCAGCUCUUGAGAGGGAGAGGGAGGAGAGUCCCAUCGCCGAGGGAGCUCGGCGCUGGAAAAAAAGUAAGGGAUUAAUCCCUUCCUAACCCUUCAGCGCCACGGGAGUGGGACCCUGAGGGUGGGGGCACCCUAAGGGCACUACAGUGCCAGGAAAACGAGUUUGUUUUCCUGGCACUAUAGUGGUCCUUUAAAGGAUUGAAGACUAGGGGAGAGUCUGAUGGUGGUAGGCAGGCUAUUCCAUUGGAAGGGAGCCGCCCGCGAGAAGUCCUGCAAGUGUGAGUUGGUCGUAUGGGUGCGAACGGACAGGAGAAGGUCACGGGCAGAGUGGAGGGGACGAGGAGGGGCUUACCUAUGGAUCUGUGAAGAGAGAUAAGAGGGGCCAGAAUUGUUCAGUGCUUUAUAGGUAUGGGUUAGCAUUUAGAAUUGACUCCUAUAGGAUACAGGAAGCCAAUGUAAGGACUGAUAGAGGGGUGAGAGGACCGACUAGAGAGGAAAAUCAGUCUGGCGGCAGCAUUCAUUACAGACUGUAGCGGGGCAAUACGGUUUUUGGGAAGACCAAUUAGAAGUGGGUUACAAAAAUCCAUGCAGGUAAUUACUAGAGCAUGGACAAGCUCAUUGGUACCAUCUUGCAUAAGAAAGGGGCGGGUGGGGUCUAUAUUUUUAAGAUGGAAUCUAUAGGAUUUGGCAAAGAACUGGAUGUGAGGCUCAAAGGUGAGGCCAGUGUCAAGUAUGAUGCCAAGACAGCGUGCUUGCAAGGAUGGACUGAUGUGGAUACCACUGUCGUGAAAGGAGAGCGAAAGGAGAGCGAAAGAGGAGGAUCAGUAUUAGGAGGAGGAAAGACAAGGAGUUCAGUCUUAGAGAGAUUUAGUUUCAGAAAGCGGGAGGACGUCCAGUCAGAGUUGGAGGAAAGGCAAGCAGUGACAUGUUGCAGGACGGCAGGAGAUAGGUCCUGGGAGGAGAGAUAUAGCUAGGUGUCAUAAAUGUACAGGUGGUAGUGGAAUCCAAAUGAGGCAAUAAGUUUGCCAAGAGAGGCGGUAUAAAGAAAAAAUAGAAGGGGACCAAAGACAGAGCCUUGGUGGACUCCAACCGAGACAGGACGAGUGGUGGAGGUAUCAUUAGAUAAGGAGACAAUGAAUGAGCAUUGGGAGAGAAAGGACGAAAACCAAGAAUGGACAGUGUCACACGGGUAAAGAUGAGUCUUUCUAGAAGCUUUGAUGAGAAAGGGAGCAGGGAUAUGGGACGAUAGUUAGAGGGGGAGCUUGUGUCAAGAGAUGUGUUUUUCAGGAUAGGUACUACAGUGGCAUGUUUAAGGUCAGCAGGGACAACACCAGAAGAGAGAGAGCAGUUGAAGAUGUUUGUUAAGGAAGGCACCAGACAAGGGGAGAGAGAUCUGAUAAGGUGAGAUGGGACAGGAUCGAGCAGGCAAGUGGUGGGGUGAGAGGAAAGGAAAAGCGCAGCCACCUCUUGUUCACUAGUUACUGACAUCCCCCCUCACUGUCACUUUCUGUCCUUUUUCCCCAGUGUCUCCAACAUUUCCCCCUCACUGUCACUUUCUGUCCUUUUUCCCAGUGUCUCCGACAUUUCCCCCUCACUGUCACUUUCUGUCCUUUUUCCCAGUGUCACCGACAUUUCCCCCUCACUGUCACUUUCUGUCCUUUUUCCCAGUGUCACCGACAUUUCCCCCUCACUGUCACCUUCUGUCCUUUUCCCCAGUGUCACUGACAUUCCCCACUCUGUCACCUUCUGUCCUUUUUCCCGGUGUCUCUGACUUUCUGUCCUUUUCCCCACUGUCACUGACAUUCCCCCCCUUUUACCCAUUGUCACCUACAUUCCACCUCACUGUCAACUUCUUUCCUUUCCUUCAGUGCCACAGACAUUCCCCCCUCAUUGGCCGGAGACGGGUUCCGGACUCUCUCACAGUAUUGCUGCAUAUGGCAGAAGCCCUGGGACGUUCCCGCUGUAUCAGUCAAGUGUUUCUCCUUUGGGCACCCUGUCCUCACCCCCAUUGUAUACCUCUGCCUCAUUUCUGCUAAGCUCAGCUCCCCCAACUGAGCCUGAUGGAAGCCCAAAGUUCCUGGAGACACUGAAGACAGAGAGGAUGAGCCCCUUGACACCUGAACUUCUGACCCUUGAGCCAAGAAGCCCCAGUAGCCAAAACCUACCUCAGAUGGGGUACAUUACAGGGAUGCAGGAUUUCAACAGUGGAUAUUUCCAAGGCACAGGUAAUGAUGGUGGUGGUAUGUACCUGGGAAAUUAAAGGACCACUAUAGGCACCCAGACCACUUCAGCUCAAUGAAGUGGUCUGGGUGCCAGGUCCUUCUAGGGUUAACCCUGCAGCUGUAAACAUAGCAAUUUCACAGAAACUGCUUUGUUUACACUAGGGUUAAUCCAGCCUCUAGUGACUGUCUCAUUGACAGCCGCUAGAGGCGCUUCCGCGAUUCUCACUGUGAAAAUCACAGUGAGAAGACACUGAACGUCCAUAGGAAAGCAUUAAGAAAUGCUUUCCAAUGGGCGGUUUGAAUGUGCGUGCGGCUCUUGCCGCGCAUGCGCAUUCUGAGCUGACAUCGGAAGAGGGAGGAGAGUUCCCCAGCGCUGAGGGAGCCCAGCGCUGGAGAAAGGUAAGAGUUUAACCCCUUCAACCCCCUUGAGUACAACGGGAGUAGGACCCUUAGGGUGGGGGGGAUCUAAAGACCCUAUAGUGCCAGGAAAACGAGUUUGUUUUCCUGACACUAUAGUGGUCCUUUAACAAUAGUGGGAUGAUAAUGAUGAGGAUGUUAUGUUCCUGGGAUAAUACAGGUGGUGGGGGAUGAUAAUUAUAGGGAUGGUAUGUUCCUGAGAUAUUAAUGGUGGGGGGAUGAUAAUGAUAGGGAUGGUAUGUUCCUGAGAUAUUAAUGGUGGGGGGGAUGAUAAUGAUAGGGAUGGUACACAAGAGGUUAAAAACCGUUUAGGCGAUAUUCCCCUUUUCAGAUGCACAGGCAGCUACUGCAAACUACACGAAUUCUCCAACUCCCGAACAGGAAACACACGAACACUGGAAACAGCCCAACAGGAGAAGCAUUCGAAUGCUCUCAAGCAUAUGAAUGCUGUAAGCAGCUGAACAGGAAUGGCAUACAAUCAGCUAACAAUCUAAUUCCCCCAAUAACGAGACGACACUUAGUUUUGAAGUCAAGCAGAACUGGUUUAUUGGGGCUAACUGCCCGGCUUUUAUGCAGGUCUGUCACCUGGUGGACACUCCACUAGGGGACCAAAUUGAAGACUGGGACACACAGGGUACAAGGACCAAUCACAGACUUACACAUUUCAACAAUCCCACAAUGCAUCACACUCCCUCCUCUCUGGCCUGGAGAUAACUGGGAAGUAAUCCAAUUAUCUCCAAUUACAGAGGCAAAACUCCAUUACACACAUUUUUAGUAAAAGACAUAAAAUUACAUACGGCUACAUUGAUCAUAUAAAACAUACACAUUCUACAUAUCCCCAGAUAGCUUAGAUCUGAGCGCACAUUAUUACCGAAUGGCGCUCAGAUCACACACAUACAGUUCAAUCGCCAUGGAGCCAAAGUCUUUCCCAUAGUCUUUCGUUACACGAAUAGGCUCCAUGGCAUGGCUCUCUGGGGUGAUGCUGUUCGUCCGGUUAAACUACUGAAUGAACAGUCAUUCGGUUCCGCUACCGAAUGCAGAGGUAAGGAGGCGGACGGCUCAACGGUGUUUGCACAAAUAAGUGUCCAUUUUCAGUUCCAUAGUUUGGGCGCUGAACACCGCUGGCCAUUCGGGAGUUAAAAUGGCCGCUGCCACGUGUUCGGCAAACGAACAAAGGCCACCCAGCGUUCGUCAAUUAAACUGCGGUUAACCGCAGCUUCUGGGCGGUCAAUUGAUGGCACAGUCCAGUUCCCAGUUGGUCGAUUGUUCGGUAGAUUGAAUCUACCGAACACCCCGGCAGAAAGGCACGAAUACGGCUUUCUGCAGGGAAAAUAAAAGGUUUUAAAUGCUGGGCCAUAGUCUAAAGGGAGCAGGCGAGCAACCAGGCCCCUCCAGUGGACAGUGGGGAGGCUGGUUCCGCCACAGUAUGUUCCUGGAAUAUUAAUGGUGGGGGGGGAUGAUAAUGAUGGGGAUGGCAUGUUCCUGGGACAUUAAAGGACCACUAUAGUGCCAGGAAAACAUACUCGUUUUCCUGGCACUUUAGUGCCCUGAGGGUGCCCCCACCCUCAGGGUCCCCCUCCCGCCCGGCUCUGGAAGGGGGAUAGGGGUUAAAACGUACCUUUUUCCAGCGCUGGGCGGAGAGCUCUCCUCCUCCGAUCCUCCUAUUCUCCUCCCCGUCAGCUGAAUGCGCACGCGCGGCAAGAGCUGCACGCGCAUUCAGCCGGUCACAUAGGAAAGCAUUCAUAAUGCUUUCCUAUGGACGCUGGCGUGCUCUCACUGUGAAAAUCACAGUGAGAAGCACGCAAGCGCCUCUAGUGGCUGUCAAUGAGACAGCCACUAGAGGAUUAGGGGGAAAGCUUAACCCAUUCAUAAACAUAGCAGUUUCUCUGAAACUGCUAUGUUUAUGAAAAAAUGGGUUAACCCUAGCUGGACCUGGCACCCAGACCACUUCAUUAAGCUGAAGUGGUCUGGGUGCCUAGAGUGGUCCUUUAAUGGUUGGGGGGAUGAUAAUGAUGGGGAUGGCAUGUUCCUGGAAUAUUAAUGGUGGGAGGGAUGAUAAUGAUGGGGAUAGCAUGUUCCUGGGAUAUUAAUGGUGGGGGGAUGAUAAUGAUAGGGAUGGUAUGUUCCUGGGAUAUUAAUGGUGUGGGGGAUGAUAAUGAUGGGGAUGGUAUGUUCCUGGGAUAGUAAUAGUGGGGGGAUGAUAAUGCUGGGGAUGGUAUGUUCCCGGGAUAUUAACGGUGGGGGUAUGAUAAUGAUGGGGAUAGUAUGUUCCUGGGAUACUAACAGUGGGGGGAUGAUAAUGAUGGGGCUGUAUAAUCCUGAGAUAUUAAGGAUGGGGUGAUGAUAUGUUCCUGGGAUGGUGUGGAUGAUAAUGAUGGGGAUAAUAUGUACCAGGGAUAUUAAUGGUGGAAGAAUGAUAAUGGUGGGGAUUGUAUGUUCCUGGAAUAUUAUCAGUGAUAGUGGGAUAACUAUGAUGGGUAUGGUAUGUGUGAUGAACUGAACCUCGUCACGGGUUCUUGGAGGUGCCUGUUGGCCAGCCUCUUGCCUCAGGACUAUGGGCCUUGCAAAAUACCUUGCCCAAUGCACUUUAAAAGGCUCUGUUCAUUUGAGUUAUGUACUUUUGUACUCCAGACAGAGAGACCGACCGUUAGCCCUGAUUCCCUGGAACUGUUUUGGGCAUAGGACCAUGUGCACGGUCGGUCAAAAUUAUGACUUCCAUGGAAAUCCUGAACUCCUGAAUCAGGGGCUAUCAGGGUAUGUAACUUUUGUGGGGUUUCCAUGGGUUUUGGGGGUACUGGGAUAUUAAUUGUCUUAACAUUAAUGGUGGUCAGCGAUGAUAAUGAUAGGGAUGGUAUGUUCCUGGGAUAUUAAUGGUGGUCAGCGAUGAUAAUGAUGGGGAUGGUAUGUUCCUGGGAUAUUUAUGGUGGUCAGCGAUGAUAAUGAUGGGGAUGGUAUGUUCCUGGGAUAUUAAUAGUGGGGGGGAUGAUAAUGCUGGGGAUGGUAUGUUCCCGGGAUAUUAACGGUGGGGGUAUGAUAAUGAUGGGGAUAGUAUGUUCCUGGGAUACUAACGGUGGGGGGAUGAUAAUGAUGGGGCUGUAUAAUCCUGAGAUAUUAAGGAUGGGGGGAUGAUAUGUUCCUGGGAUGGUGUGGAUGAUAAUGAUGGCGAUGAUAUGUACCAGGGAUAUUAAUGGUGGAAGAAUGUUAAUGGUUGGGAUUAUAUGUUCCUGGAAUAUUAUCAGUGAUAGUGGGAUAACUAUGAUGUCUAUGGUAUGUGUGAUGAACUGAACCUCGUCACGGGUUCUUGGAGGUGCCUGUUGGCCAGCCUCUUGCCUCAGGACUAUGGGCCUUGCAAAAUACCUUGCCCAAUGCACUUUAAAAGGCUCUGUUCAUUUGAGUUAUGUACUUUUGUACUCCAGACAUAGAGACCGACCGUUAGCCCUGAUUCCCUGGAACUGUUUUGGGCAUAGGACCAUGUGCACGGUCGGUCAAAAUUAUGACUUCCAUGGAAAUCCUGAACCCCUGAAUCAGGGGCUAUCAGGGUAUGCAACUUUUGUGGGGUUUCCAUGGGUUUUGGGGGUACUUUCGGAGUGUUGAUAAAAGUUUUGUUUUUUGUGCCUAGAGAUAAUUGAGUUAGUUCAGUUCCUGACUCAAUUAUCUCCCAGGCAUAGGGGAGGGAUUGUCUUGUUUUGUAUGGGAGUGUCCUGGACCUGAAAGCCAAUGCAAUUGUGUGUAUGUUUUUACUAUAGUCUACUCUCAGGUCCAGAGGGGAAGUGCCUCUUGCAUGGGGACUGUCAUAAAAGGCCAGUUGUGGCUGCCAUUAAACAGAACAGUUUACCUCUUCAUGAAGUCUUGGCUUAUGUUUGGGGGAUUGGAGAGCUAUAUUCACUCUGAGGAUUGCUAUAAUAACUAUACUUCAUUGGCUCACAACGAUUGCUCUUGUUAGAGCAGCCUGCUUCGCUCUCUGGACUAGGAGAGGUUUACCCACUGGAAGCUGGAUCCUGGUCUUGGGUCCAGGGUGGUUGGAGGACAGCGAGACCUCAACCAAGCUGCGGCGGUUUGUGGGGUUUACGGUGGUUAUGGUGUUCCAGUGCAGUGCUUAUGGUGCUCGCAAGUACUAGGAAGCAGCGACUGACGGAGGUACCCGGUCGGGGUGCCAGGCGGUCCGUCACAAUAUGUUCCUGGAAUAUUAACGGUGGGGGGAUGGUAAUGAUGGGUAUUGUAUGUACCUGUGAUAUUAACAGUGGGGGGAUGAUAAUGAGGGAAAGGUAUGUUCCUGAGAUAUUAAAGGUGGGUGGAUAAUAAUGAUUGGGAUGGUAGGGACCUGGGAUAUUAAUGGUGGGGGGUGAUAAUGAUGGGGUGGUACGUACCUGGGAUAUUAGUGGUGAGGGGAUAAUAAAUAUGGGGAUGGUAGGUACCUGGGAUAGUGGUGAAGGUAAGUGUGGCUGGAUCAAGUGGAGAUACUAAAAAUAUAUCUUAUUGCUCUGCAGAGGACCGUGAGUGUGUGAACUGUGGGGCCACUGUGACUCCCCUCUGGAGGCGCGAUGUAAGCGGUCACUAUCUGUGCAAUGCCUGUGGCCUAUAUCACAAGAUGAAUGGACAGAACCGUCCCCUAAUCCGACCCAAGAAGCGCCUGGUAUGAACGAUACAGAAAGUGCACACUUUCCACAGGAGUCACAUGAUUUGGGAGCGAGGGUGCAGGGCUGUACAUUCUGGGGGUGGAGAGGGGGGCUGCACACUCUGAUGAGUAAAGGGGAGGUGUUGCACACUGAUGAGUAAAGGGGAGGCGUUGCACACUGAUGAGUAAAGGUGAGGAGUUGCACACUCUGGUGAGUGAGAGGUGCACACUCUGAGGAAAGGGUUGCAAACUCUGGGGAGGGAGGGGUUGCACACUUUGGAGAUGGGGAGGCAGGGGUUGCACACUCUGGGGAAGGAGGGGUUGCACUCUUUGGGGAGGGAGGGGUUGCACACUUUGGGGAGAUGGGGAGGGAAGGGUUCCACACUCUGGGGAAGGAGGGGUUGCACACUUUGGGGAGAUGGGGAGGGAGGGGUUGCACACUUUGGGGAGAUGGGGAGGGAGGGGCUGCACACUCUGGGGAGAUGGGGAGGGAGGGGUUGCACACUUUGGGGAGAUGGGGAGGGAGGGGCUGCACACUCUGGGGAGAUGGGGAGGGGUUGCACACUUUGGGGAGAUGGGGAGGGAGGGGUUGCACACUCUGGGGAGGGAGAUUAAAUUAAACACUCUGUACAUUAGACACGUGGUACUAAGAGCGUACACGUCUCCUAUUUUUAUAAUAGUAUUAAUAAUAAUAAUACCUCUCCUUCCUCCCCCUUUUCUCCUCUAACCAUGAUAUUGACAAACCCUGUCAUUUAUUGCAUUUUGUAAAAAUAUCAGUAUUAGAAUAUUUAAUGUCUCUGUCCUGCAGAUCAUCAGUAAGAGGGCCGGGACGCAGUGCAGUAACUGCCACACAACCACCACCACCCUGUGGAGACGCAACGCAAGCGGGGACCCUGUGUGCAACGCCUGCGGACUGUACUACAAGCUGCACAAUGUAAGACCUGGCUAACCCCCUCUACCUGGCUUACCCAUCCACCCUACCUGAUUAACCCCCUCUACUGUAACCGAGUAAACUUGCAGAAGCCAGACACAGAGAGAUGGAUGCAGGUUUUCAGGAAGUAAGAGGUCUUUAUUAACAUACCGAUCGGGUCUCAGAUGAACUAACGUUCCAAAACAGGUCUGAGGGCCGAACACAUGGAGUACAUGCUUUUUAUAGAACUAUAACUCCUCCCAUUAAUAGCUCCACCCGCACAUACCCUUAACCAAUCAGUGGACAGGAUUUGGAUUUCCUUAUAUGGGCAGACCACAUGGCUCAUCCGAAACAAAGGAGAAGAGAGUGUUAUUUUAGUUCCUGCAUUCCUGCACAUGCUCAGUACAUUGAUGACAGUAUCUUAGCUACAUGUAACUAACUAACUGAUACAACAUACACAUAUGCCACGUGGAAAUCUCGGCCUACUAAAUUUACAUUUCACCGGAAUUCCAUCACACUACCUGGCUUACCCAUCUACGCCACCUGAUUAGCCCCCUCUACCUGGCUUUUCAAUCCACCCCACCUAAUUAGCCCCCUCUACCUGGCUAAAUCCCCCAACUGGGCUAAAUCCCCCCGCACCUGAUUAACCCCCUCUACCAGGCUUACUCAUCCACCCCAACUGAUUAACCCCCUCUGCCUGGCUUACCCAUCCACCCCACCUGAUUAGCCCCCUCUACCUGGCUAAAUCCCCCAACUUGGCUUAAUCCCCCCCCCCUCCACCUGACUAAUCCCCUCUACCUGGCUAAAUCCCCCCAUUCUGUAUUGUGUGUAUCCGGUAACAUUUUCUAUGUCUAGUUAUGUUGGUGUAAGAAGAUACGGGUUGACAGUAAAGCUAGGUUCUUUCUUUGUUGUAGGUUAAUCGUCCUCUGACAAUGAAAAAAGAUGGAAUUCAGACGCGGAAUCGUAAGGUGACCAACAAGUCCAAAAAGAAGAAGCAAGGGGAAAAUGCUUUUGAACUACCGAAGGGGGCCUGCGAGGAGCCUGGCCUGUACUCCCUUGGGUCCCUUUUCCUUUCUGGAGGAAUUUCUUCCAUGGGACACCUAAUGCCGGGUUCUCCUCAACCUCACAUGAUGACACCAAGAGUUCAACAUUCUCCACCUCUCGCCUACCGACCGCACAUGAUGUCAGGAGCCACAUCAGCUCUCGGCUAA